AUGGCAGUGGAGAAGCGCUUGGCAUUCUCUAUUGUGCAGUUCCUGCGAGAUCAAACUCACUGUGGUGCUUUGAAUUCCGAUGAGCAGGAAAGCCUCGAAGUUGCAAUACAAUGUUUGGAGACCACCUUCAAGAUCAACUCCAGUGACUGUCAUCUCGCAGCACCACAACCUCUCACUGAAAUAUUCCUCAAUUCUCUCCUCAAAAAUGAUCAGAAUAACCCGGUGCCACCAGAGACGUCCCCAUCACCAGAAGACACAGAGAGGGCAGAACAACUGAAGAAUGAAGGGAAUAAUCACAUGAAAGAGGAGAACUACAGCUGUGCGGUGGAAUGCUACUCUAAAGCCAUCAAUCUGGACCUCCGAAACGCUGUCUACUACUGUAACAGGGCUGCAGCCCACAGUAGACUGGGUAACUACACAGAAGCAACGGGGGACUGUGAGAGGGCCAUAGGGAUCGACCCCAGCUACAGUAAAGCCUAUGGGAGAAUGGGAUUGGCAUUUACUGCUAUGAAUAAGUACCCAGAGGCCAUCUCCUACUUUAAGAAAGCUCUGGUGUUAGAUCCAGAGAACGACACCUACAAAUCCAACCUGAAGAUUGCUGAGCAAAAGCAAAAAGAGGCAGUCAGUCCUAUAGCUACGGGACUGGGAUUUGACAUGGCCAGCCUCAUCAACAACCCUGCCUUCAUCAGCAUGGCCGCCAGUGUGAUGCAGAACCAGCAAGUGCAACAGCUUAUGUCUGGGAUGAUGUCCAAUGCAGUUGGGGGUCCAGCAGCAGGAGUGGGAGGACUGUCGGACAUCUCCAGCCUGAUUGAAGCCGGUCAGCAGUUUGCCCAGCAGAUCCAGCAUCAGAACCCAGAGUUGAUCGAACAGCUGAGGAACCACAUCCGCAGCCGCUCCUUCAGUGGCAGUGCUGAGGAGCAUUCGUGA